UGACAGGCACUGAAGCCAGAAGCCGGUCGCAGCUGCAGCUCUCCGCCGCAUCCGCCUCAGACAUGAACAACAACUUGGUGGGAGAUGAAGUCGGGAAACUUUUUGUGGGUGGAUUGGACUGGAGCACCACACAAGAGACACUUAGAAACUACUUCUCACAGUAUGGGGAAGUAGUAGAUUGUGUCAUCAUGAAGGACAAAACUACAAAUCAGUCGCGAGGCUUCGGCUUUGUCAAAUUCAAAGACCCCAAUUGUGUACGGACAGUGCUGGAGACAAAGCCGCAUAAUCUUGAUGGAAGAAAUAUUGACCCGAAGCCAUGCACUCCCAGGGGGAUGCAGCCUGAAAAGACUCGAACCAAAGAGGGCUGGAAGGGCAGCAAAGCAGAUAGCAAUAAAUCAAAGAAGAUAUUUGUAGGUGGAAUCCCCCAUAACUGCGGCGAGCCUGAACUCAGGGACUAUUUCAAUAGAUUUGGAGUGGUCACAGAGGUGGUAAUGAUCUAUGAUGCGGAGAAGCAGAGGCCCCGAGGUUUUGGAUUUAUUACUUUCGAGGCCGAACAAUCAGUGGACCAGGCUGUCAACAUGCAUUUUCACGACAUCAUGGGCAAAAAAGUGGAAGUAAAGAAGGCUGAACCUCGUGACAGCAAAGCUCCUGGCCAGCUUGGCCCUGGCCAGUGGGCACCCAGGGGCAUCUUGACUGCAGCUAAUGGUUGGACAGCACAGCCUGCCCAGGGCUGGCAACAGCCAUACGGGCCACAGGGAGUGUGGGUGUCGACCACUGGCCAGCCCAUAGAUGGCAGCCUUGAAUGUAUUCCGGCCUCCCUCUGCCAUUGGUCAGGCUCGGUUUCAUAUCCCCACCUCCGGGUCAACCUGCAGGACUCACUGCAGAGUCGGCCCUGCGGGUAUGUACCUCCGUUGACUGCAGGCCGGGGGACACCCACACAGCCUCCAUCACCUUUCAACGCAUUCCUGGUCACAUCCCCAGCGGGUGGCUUUGCUGCACCUCAGGGCUACCCUCAACAGGGCUACAGCACAGCACCUCAGUUUGGUUACACUUUCGGCGCACCCCAAGCAGACCAGUAUGCUCCACAAGUUCCUCCUCCGCCCACCACUCCAGGAGCUGCACCUCUGGGCUUUGCCCCCGCCACCACACCAACUCAGGACUUGAGCAAAGCUCCCACCGGGCAGCCCGACUUCCCUUAUAGCCAGUAUGGCUACGGCCAGGACCUGACAGCCUUCGCCCACACCUUCGCGGACCCCAGCCAGCCCACGGCCUCGUAUGGGGCACCGACAGCUCAGCCCACCAACGCCCAGACUGCCAUCAAUGCGUUUGGCCGAGGGCAGAACCACAACGUACAGGGCUUCCACCCGUAUCGACGCUGACGGCCGCCUAUGGCGAUGGGCGCUGUGUAAAGAUGAAAAACAAAAACAACAAAAAAAGAAGAAGUCAGGGAAAUGUUUGUUUUCGCUAAAAAGCAAAACUGGAAUCCUGGAUCCUUCUAUGGGAUGAAUGCACACAGUAUGUGAAAAACAGGAACCUUUACGAAAGCAGGGAUUCCAGUAACUUUUAAAGGGGUGUAUUGAAACCCAGGUUUGUUUUGCCUAAGUUAAGGAAGAUUCAGCAGAAAGAAGCUUUUUCCCCCACGUCCUUCCCCAUGUUUUAUAGUAGAACUAAACUACUUUGCAAUAAUUUUGAUUGUCUGUUCAAACACUAGCACAGAGACUAUAUGUAAAGAGACUUGCAUAUAAAUAUGUAUAUUUAUGGUGGACACAAAUGAAAACAGGGUCUCAAGUUUCCUCAGCUUUAAAUUCUAGGGAAAAAAUGUUUUUAUUUUUCAUUUGGUGAAUUUUGUUUACUUUCUGAGCCUUUAAAGUUUGUUUAAAAUGGAGAUUAUAAUUAUAUAUAUAUAUUAUACACAAACUGUGCAAUUUUUUAAAAAGAGAAUUUUGUACGAUAAAUGUACACUUUGCUUGUUUUUUUAUUUAAAGAUGUAGACUUCCCUCAGGUGGCUGUUUUGGGUGCAUUUUUUGCACUUAUGCAAAAAGAAAAAAGGACAAAUUAUUACAAAAAUAAAUGUUUUAUCGAUACAAUGA